CUCCCCCACACACACUCCAACUCAGUGACAACAGCAGCUCCCCUGCUUCCGCCUCUGUUUCUUUCCUCUUCUCCUCUCCUCGCCUCUCCUCUCUCGAUCGCACACACUUUACCAUACUUGGUAGCAGCAGCCUCUGCAACCAUGGUGGUUCUCGCCGGCACGCCUGCCGUCGAUCACAUCCCGCUCCUCAGGUCCCCCGACCCCGGGGACAACUUCUCCGGCAUGCCGGUCGUGGACCUGUCCAGACCUGGCGCGCCGCGGGCCAUCGCCGACGCGUGCGAGCGCUUCGGCUUCUUCAAGCUCGUCAACCACGGGGUGGCCCUGGACGCGAUGGACCGGCUCGAGUCGGAGGCCGUGAGGUUCUUCUCGCUGCCGCAGGCCGACAAGGACCGCUCCGGCCCGGCCUACCCGUUCGGCUACGGCAGCAAGCGCAUCGGGCUCAAUGGCGACAUGGGGUGGCUCGAGUACCUCCUCCUCGCCGUCGACUCCGCCUCGCUCCCCGCCGCCUCCGCCGUCCCGUCCUGCGCGCUCUUCCGGGCGGCGCUGAACGAGUACAUCGCGGCGGUGAGGAAGGUGGCGGUGCGGGUGAUGGAGGCGAUGGCGGAGGGGCUGGGCAUUGCGCCGGCGGACGCGCUGAGCGCGAUGGUGGCGGCGGAGGGCAGCGACCAGGUGUUCAGGGUGAACCACUACCCGCCGUGCCACGCGCUGCAGGGGCUCGGCUGCAGCGCCACCGGCUUCGGCGAGCACACCGACCCGCAGCUCAUCUCCGUGCUGCGCUCCAACGGCACGUCCGGCCUGCAGAUCGCGCUCCAGAGCGGCCACUGGGUGUCCGUGCCCUCCGACCGCGACGCCUUCUUCGUCAACGUCGGCGACUCCUUGCAGGUGCUGACCAACGGGAGGUUCAAGAGCGUGAAGCACAGGGUGGUGGCCAACAGCCUAAAGUCUAGGGUUUCCAUGAUCUACUUUGGAGGGCCAGCAUUGACACAGAGGAUUGCACCAUUGCCGCAGCUGCUGAGAGAGGGAGAGCAGAGCCUGUACAAGGACUUCACAUGGGGCGAGUACAAGAAGGCUGCCUACAACUCCAGGCUCGGGGACAACAGGCUGGCUCACUUCCACAGGUAGCCACGCCUGCCGCCUGGGCCCGCUCAAAGAACAGCCUUUACCAAGACAGCCAGCCAGCUAGAGCUAGCUUUAGCUAGCUGCUGCGGUUUCCCACACGAUGAAGAUGAAGAUGAAGAUCAAGAUGAAGACGAGGAAAGCUACUAAGAAAGAAAAAGAAACAGGGCUAAAAGAAGAUAACUUCAAGAUUCACAUGCAGAGCUGCGGAGGUAGCUACAUCUUUUUUUGCGUUCGUGCGUGCGUGUGUGUGUUCAUAGUUGCUAAGGCUCGCCUUUCCUAUUCGGGAAGGCCGGACGGAUGAUGAACAGACAAGUUAACUUCAGUAGUUAGUAGUGUGAACCAAAUAGUAGUAUAGGAGUACAGCAGAGGAUGACAUGAGAGUGCUCUUCUGGUCUUUCUUUUUUCAAAUUCAUGAGUAGUAGUAUAGCUGGCCUGGAUCUUGUUUCAGUAUUUCUGAUGAUAACUGUAAUCGUGGUGUAUAACGUAGUCGUGUGUGCGCGUCGACCUUCUGU